AACAAAAGAUAAUGGGCAAAACGAAAUCCCAACGUCGUAAAAGCGUUCUCUUUUACGACAAUGUUGUCGAUCUUAAAGACGAAGAUGAUUGCGCGGUUGACACAGUACACGGGGUACAUUCAGAAAAAGUACCCAGGGUGGGUACAGAAAACGUACCCGGGGUGGGUACAGAAAACGUACCCGGGGUGGAUGUUGAAACAUCCCGCUUGCCCUGUGGCGAUUCUCAGGGUACCUGCAAACAGCCAGCGGCGGUGAUGGUUAACAAGCGAGGACUCAAAGUAAUUUACCAUGAAAAAAUCGAAUUGGUGCCAUUGGAAAUCGUUCCAUAUUUAACCCCGUCAGUUUCAUGCGGUUCCGUGAGCGAAAAGAUAUUUCGGCAAAACUCGUUCAUGUCCGAUUCGGGCAUGGAAUAUCUAAGUUCGGCUUCCCCGCCCAGAAGAGUUACCUUCGGCUCCAGCCAGGAUUCGGACGCGGGCGGGACACUGUUCCCAUACAGUCUGUGUUACCGAACAGAGGAAGCGUGUCCAGUGUAACAAGUCUUCCCAAUUUUGCACACGGGAUCGAUUACAUGUCUUCGGAAAAUGACAGAGGUGUUGGCAAAUUCAGGGUGACUUUCUUCAACAAGUUCGGCAAGAAAGGCACAACUGCCGAAGGACUCCAAGACGCCUCGAGCGUUACGCACAUGUACAACGGAGCCGUUCUAGUCACAGAUAUGCUUGGCAGCAAAAUAGUCCUGUUUUCACGCAGCGGUAGGCCAGAAAAAAGUUUUAUUACAGGCGAGUACACGGAGCCGUGGUCGGCGGUUCUGACGCCAAAAGGUCACGUGGCCGUCACGCUGCGACGUCACAAAUGCAUCGCCGUCUGGUCGGGGAAUGGAGACACCAUGGCGGAGUUCGGUCACGAACAUCUCCGAUGUCCCACGGGGCUCGCCGUAGAGAAGGACGGACGGUUCAUCGUAACGGACGAACAGGCAAACAAAGUGUACAUCUUCAGCCCGAGUCGAGUCCUGCAGUGUGUUCUGGGCGAGGAGGCCGGCAUCACGUUCAAUCAGCCUCGGCACGUCUGUCUGUCCACGACUGGUCGCAUAAUCGUGUCAGACUCGGGCCACCACUGUGUAAAGAUCUUCAACAAAGAUGGAAUUUACGUCAACAAAAUCGGCGAAUUCGGGUCGGGCGACGGACAGUUUAAGUUUCCCUACGGCGUCUGCGUCGACCAGGAGGGUCACAUCAUCGUCUCGGACCACUACAACAACAGGGUUUCUAUGUUUCAUGCCGAUGGAACAUUCAUGCAGCACCUCGUCACGGCUAAAAAUGGCGUCAAGCGACCACGUGGUGUGGCAGUCAGGUGUGCGCAUAACCGGAAGCUGUUCGUCACACACGGUGGUCUAAGAGCCACGGAGGUUUUGGUAUUCAGAAUGACAUUAAAUGUAUCUGAACUUUUGAUCAACGUGAAAUGCUUUGUGUAAACAUUAUAUCGCCAACAAUACAAAACCAAAUAUGUUGUCCCAACUACGCUAUGUUGAAUGAUGCGCAUUCCAAUGGUCUUUCCCAGUCUCCAUGAACAUUGUUUAUUGUAAAUAAAUUCAGUUUUAGUUGAAAGAACAAGAAAAGUAGAAGUGUUUUGGAAAUAAUUAAAAAAUAAUAAUAAAACAUAAUUUGGAAAUAACCGAAAAAAAUCUAACUAUUUUUAUGUGCAAUUAAAAAAAAAAAAAAAAUUGAUUCAGAAAUAAAAAGACUGUCCAGUGCUGGGAAGGACAAUCUGUAGGCCUAGCAGCUAAGGUGGCAAAAUACAAAAAGCAAAGGAGCCCUUCUACUAUAUAAAUUUCCUGAUUUAGUUGGCAAAUAAAAGGAGAGAAAAACCUAGGCCUAUAUUACUGUGCCCAGUUCCUUUUUUACUUUAUAGGCCCCUAUAAGGGCUCGCGGUGUGUAUUUGAAAUUAGGAAUUGGGGGAAGUCUGUGCGAUGACUAGAGAGAUGCUGUCCAUAAAAAUCUUGUAUUUCAGGUGUUCAAAUACGGCAUAUCCGGCCUUCUAAAUACAAUAACGGUAAUUUAGGGGAGGGCAUGGUCCCCGCCCCUUCCCACCCUGCAUAUUCAGUGUAAAUACAUUUCUUAACAAACCUCCAUACACCACCACCCCCCCCCCCCCCCCCCCCCACGAUUAUACAACAUUUUUAUUUUUAGAAAAAUUUAGAUUAUGGUAACGUUGCGUGAGAGCGUGAUGUUUGUUACAAAUGCGUAAGACUCACGCCAAAUGCGUGAGAGUUGACAGGUAUACCAUCAAAUCUUCAAAAUUGUAUGCUUCUGGAAUUAAAAGAAUAUGUUUGGUCAUCCCUUUAAGAGGACGACCACAAAUUUGAGUCAA